CCAUGGAGGGCUGCCGCCGCGCGGGGCGGGCUCUGCGGCUGCUGGAGGUGCUUUUAAGGCCUUGUACCCGUGAGGAGGUGCCCGGGAACCCAGCCGGGGCGUGAGUCCGAGUCGGUUGGACCGUGUUUCGGUGCCUUCGCGCCGCUCUCCAGUUUAGCGGGGUCCGUACGGGCUGAAAGAGCUGCUCCUGCCCAGGGAGGCCGCCUGCCUGGGCGGCUCUUUGUCGUCCGCAGUGUCCCCGAGUUUGGCGUAACGCUAAUAGUCACUUUGCCGCUUCGUUUCAUGUUGCACGCAGCCGUGGGAUCCACAGGAAUGUGCUCUCCUGACCCGUGGGGAAAUAACGCUUGUGGGCUCAGGCUAAAAAAAUAAAGUCCUCUUUAUGAAACUGGUCCUCAGUGAAGUGUAACUUUUGAUGUAUGGUCUCUGAAGCCCCCCACUAUGCCAGCAGCUACCGUAGACCAUAGCCAGAGAAUCUGUGAAGUUUGGGCUUGUAACUUGGAUGAAGAGAUGAAGAAAAUUCGUCAAGUUAUACGGAAGUAUAACUAUGUAGCUAUGGAUACAGAAUUUCCAGGAGUAGUUGCAAGGCCUAUUGGAGAAUUCAGAAGCAACGCAGACUAUCAGUACCAAUUAUUACGCUGCAAUGUAGAUUUGCUAAAAAUAAUUCAACUAGGACUGACAUUUAUGAAUGAGCAAGGAGAAUACCCUCCAGGAACUUCAACUUGGCAAUUUAAUUUUAAAUUUAAUUUAACAGAAGAUAUGUAUGCCCAGGACUCUAUUGAACUGUUGACAACAUCUGGUAUCCAGUUUAAAAAGCAUGAAGAAGAAGGAAUUGAGACACAGUACUUUGCAGAACUGCUUAUGACAUCAGGAGUUGUACUGUGCGAAGGAGUGAAGUGGCUUUCCUUUCAUAGUGGAUAUGACUUUGGCUAUCUAAUCAAAAUCUUGACAAACUCUAAUUUACCUGAAGAAGAGCUGGACUUCUUUGAGAUACUGCGAUUGUUUUUCCCUGUCAUCUAUGAUGUAAAAUAUCUCAUGAAGAGUUGCAAAAAUCUGAAGGGUGGAUUACAAGAAGUGGCUGAGCAGUUAGAGCUGGAAAGGAUAGGACCACAGCAUCAGGCAGGAUCUGAUUCUUUACUCACAGGAAUGGCCUUUUUCAAAAUGAGAGAAAUGUUCUUUGAAGAUCACAUUGACGAUGCCAAAUAUUGUGGCCACUUAUACGGCCUUGGUUCGGGGUCAUCUUAUGUACAAAAUGGCACAGGAAAUGCAUAUGAAGAAGAAGCCAACAAACAGUCAUGACAUGAAAUGAAAGGCCAUCUUUUUGACCUCCAUGUGCUUGUAUAUAGGUUUUAUCUCUGGUUGAACCCCUUGGACAAUAAGGCUAUUUUUCCCCCUUUCUCAGCACACUUUCUUUUCUGCCUUUCUAUGUACUAAACUUGACUGUUCCUAUCACAGAUUUUGAUCCUACUAUUGAUAUGUAAAAUUUUCUGGGUUACAUUUUGGCCUCAUAACUAGCCCAUUUGUAAACAAGCAUGUAUAGGAUCAGUGUGGCAGAGAGAAGGGGAAAGUUAUAUCAUAAUGAACAGUCUGGUAAACUUACCUAUAUUGAUCUCCUGGUUUUUUGUCUCUUUCCCCUCCCUUCUACAAAUUAACUGGCACUGAUUGUAACUAACUUCCCCAUUCAUGUCUGUUCCUUCCAGUAUGCAGGCGUUUUAGCUAUUCAAGAUUGUGGACCAUCAAAUUUGCACUUUAGAGAACGACUCUUGACCCAGAUCCUGUGUUUUAUUUGAAGUUUUGUUUUCUUUUUUCUUUUGCCCUCAGCUAGAAAACAAUCAUCUGCCAAGUUCAGCAGCUUCGUGCUGUAUUUCCUUGGUAUCUCAACCCACAGAACGUGACUUGCUGCAUAACCUCUGUUUGUUCGAGCAAAACAAACUACUGAAAUCAUAGUAACUGCUGUUAUUUUACUAGUGUUCAGUCGUCUUCAAAGACAUCCUGCACAUGUCAACUGCUGGUUGGCCUGCUGCUUUAAAACUGCUCUGUGGUGGGGGAAAGAAGCUUAUAAAAACAGCUUUACACCCUUCAGGAAAAGAACAGCUAUUACUUUAGCAUUUUUGCCAUUAAGCUGAGAGUUGAAGGAUAUUGGAAUAGUAGGAGUUUUGUAAUGGCACACUUCCCUUGAUUAACUUCCUAGCUUUUAUUCUAGUAAUGUACACCUCAAAUUUUUUAUGAAGUCAUAUUUAUUAUGUACUUGAUGAUUUUUGAAAGUCAGUUUAGUUCAAGAUAAAACCCAAAGAUCUGAAAAAAUACUAUUUAAUUGAAUUAGAAGGACAAUUAAAUCAUGCUUUUUUGUAGUUGCUACAAAGACAGAUGUUACAGAUAUUUGUUGUAAAACAACAAAAUAUAAAUAACUUAUAGCUAAUAAAGUUACCUGAGGAGUGUAAUGCUAGUUUAUUUUUGAGUAUAUCUUAGCAAUAUAUUUUAGAUACAUUGUUUUAAAGGACCCUAAAGUACGUUCUUAACUCUGCAUAGCAUGUGUACUGAGCAGUUGUGCAGGAAGGAUUUUUGGUAUUGAAUAGCUAAAUACUAGCCUGAAAUGAUGGAAUGUGCAACAUUGUGUGCCUGUGUGUGCGUGCGCGCGUAUGUGUGCGUGUUCGACACGGAAAUCAAUAGUAGAAAAAUCUCAAUGUUCGCCAAAUUAUUCCGUUUUACCUUGUACUUAAAAACAAAAAAUCGAACACCUUUUUUCAUUGAGUUACAAUGAUGUAACUGGGUGGUCCUUUUUAAACAACAAAUAAUUUGCAUAAGAGGGUAUUUGUUUUUAAAGCUUUUGUAAAUAAAGGCCUAAGAAAUGUUUUCUUACAUAACA